CUACUUCACCUUUCUCUCUCUCCUUCUUCUCCUUUCCUCUUCUCCUCUUCUCCUCUAUUCCUCUUCCUCUUCCUCUUCAUCCAAUCCAAAUGCAAAAACCCUAAAAAACCUUGAUUUUUCCUUACCCAUUUCUCCUCUCAUCCUGCCCGAUCUGGGUCUGAUCUCCAUUUGAAGUUCCUUUUAGCUUUAAACCACCCUUUUAGAUUGACGGAGGAAGGAGAGUUUGAGGUGUGAGAAUACGAGAGGGCGGAGGAGAAAUGUAUAAGAACCAGCUGCAGGAGCUGGCGCAGAGGAGCUGCUUUAAUUUGCCGUCCUAUACCUGCAUUAGGGAAGGUCCGGACCACGCGCCGCGGUUCAAGGCUACUGUCAAUUUCAACGGCGAGACUUUUGAGAGUCCUCAUUACUGCUCCACCCUCCGCCAGGCUGAGCACUCUGCCGCUGAGGUCGCCCUUAACUCCUUAUCCAAUCGUGGUCUAUCACACUCCCUCGCCGCCAGGAUCCUCGAUGAGACAGGGGUUUAUAAAAACCUUUUACAAGAAAUUGCACAGAGAGUUGGAGCUCCAUUACCACAGUACACAACAUUUAGAUCAGGCCUUGGGCACCUACCUGUUUUUACGGGGACAGUAGAGUUGGCUGGAAUCACUUUCACUGGUGAACCUGCUAAAAAUAAGAAGCAAGCAGAGAAGAAUGCAGCCAUGGCAGCCUGGAAUUCUUUAAAACAAUUGGCAAAAGAAGCUGCAAGUUCGUCUUCUGAGCGAGAUAACAAUGAUGAGCUAGAACAGAUUACAAUAGCCCGGGCCCUACAGAAUUACAAAAUGGAGAUGGCCAUGUCAAACUGGUCCAAUGCUCCAAUACCAUUUACAAGGAAGUUCCAGAAUCCAAGACCAACGAGUCCACAACCUCCCCCAGCUACCACAUCAAAAAUCCUUCCGUUAAUCUGCCCUAAGGCAGUGCCUCGCAACAGAUCCAUGUUAACAACAAUGAAUGACAAGCCUAUGCCAUCACAAGCACCUGUACCAGAUGUCCGUGGUAUUCAUCCUCAUAGAUUCCCUGCAGCAGGAGCUGCUCCUUAUGUUCCCAUCAGACAAUACAGGACACCUUGCCAAGGCAUGGCACCCCCUGUGACAAUAAGAACUACAGUGCCUGUUUUCUCUGCUCCUCCACGCCCACAACCUUCUGUUGUUUCCCCUAAGCCACCUGCAUCUGAACACCCUGCCGUGCAAACUCAUUCUCUGCAUCCAUCACAGCCAACACCAUCAACACUUACCCCCAAAGUGAUUCAAGCCCCAUGUGUACCAAUUGCUCCACCUGUCACCAUCAGGCAGGCAGUUCCCGUAUUUUCAGCUCCACCUGUUAGAAAGGCAGAUGGUUUGAACGUUAGAAAAGAAGAUACCCCGACAAUGACUUCCCCUUCCCCUGCACUGUUUGCUCAAUCACCCACCGAAGUAGAGGAAGCUACUCAAUCACCUGCUCAAGUAAAAGAAGCUGCAACUACACCUGAAGAGAAUCUGCGAGAAUUUGAGACAGUACAGAGCUUAGAACAACUCAAAAUCUGAUGAUAGUUUUUGAGCAUUGAUCAAAAGGGACACAGUAUGGUUUUUUGUUGGUCUAAGUUGUUGUUCCCUUUCCGAUCAUAUGAUUUUCAAUUAUGUUUGUUUAAUCUUUUUAUUUUCUUAGAAGUUACAGUUCCUGCUGGUAAAAUUAGCAUUAGCAGUUCCAUAUCAAUGCAAUGAAAGAGCAGCUGUGUUAUAUUAUUUUAUAGAGUGAUGUUUCAAGGAUAACUAUUGUUUUAUU